GGUCUCUGCGGAGGGCGGGGCGGCGAGGCGCGUCCUUUACCUGGGCUGCGCGGGCGUGGACGGGCGGACACCGGGACUCAGCGGCCCCCCGGUGAGCCCGGUUCGCCGUGCAGCUGGCGGUUCUCACCGCAGGUGGGAGGAGGACUGAGCGACGGCUUGCUCCCCCUUUGUUGUAAACUGGACCCCACUGGGGACCCCGCUGGCUCGUCCUAGCCGGUUUCUCUUCCAGUAGCUGGGGGACCGUCCCCACUUGCUCACUCUUUGCGUCUUUCUGUACGUUCCAUCCACUUGGCAAAGAAAAGCUCUGGUUCAGUCUUGGUUUUCUUGCACUUAGUGGUUUUCGUUGGUUGCUAUGCUGCUGUUUGGGGCACAGAGAAACUCUGAUAACAGAAGACAAAUGUUUGUUUAAAAAUAAAGACAACCCACUGAAGCACCGCAGAAAACCUGUCCAUGCCUUCCCCCAGGCUCGGACUGUCUUGCUGGGUGACCCUAGGAACCUUGGCCAGCCUUCCACUGUCUGUUGGAUUCUGAAGAAUAACAAGCAUUAAGCCAAAGGUGGUGGUGGAGGCAGCAAAGAUUGGCAGCUGGCUUUCUGCCAGACCCAGAGCCCACGAGGGGCAGAAGGAAGUCUAGGGCUGCUUGAAGGAAGUAGAGGGCCAAGGGCUAUACAGGUGUGAGCCUGAAACGGUGGCUGGUGAAUCUAUCUGCCUUUUGUCAUCACCUCAGAGCUGCUGAGUUAAGAUGCUGAACUCUUGCUCCAGUGGAACCCAGCUGAUAGGAGCAUGAGGAAUUGGGCAGAAGUGCCCUUGUGGUGACCGCAAAGGAGAUGGGGCCCUCAAGAGCAGUGCUUCUGGUAGCUCGUGAUCUGGCUUAGCAGUACUGAGUCCAUAUCUGCGCUGCUCCUGGCAGAACUUCUAGAAACUUCUGGGGGCCGUCUGCCCAGCUCCAUGGAGCUCCAGUGCCUUGCUAAGAAAAGCAGCCGGGCCAACCUGUGUGACAUCAUGGACUGGGCUGCAGAAGGGCCUCUUGGGGACCGGGAAGGGGCGGCCUCCAUCAGAGCUGCUCUGUGCUGUCAGAAACGCUGCAAGUCCGUACCAAGAGCAGACGUGAUGGAAAGAUCUAGACAUCGCCCCUCCCUAGAACCCCACUCCUCCUCCCAGCAGGACAGCACUAUUCAGCCAGCCUUCUUCCCUGAAGGACCUCCUGGGAACAGCCAGAUGACAUCAGAACAGAAAGUCUGCCACUGCUGCAGCCAGGAGCUAGACACUUCUCUCACCUAUGUAGAUGAGAAUGUCAACCUGGAGCAGCGAAUCCAGAGGUCCACUUCAGCAAAGGGGGGUAAUUGGCCUGGAGACCUUGGCUGGGGAAAUCCAAAUGAAUGGUCCCAGGAGGCUGCCGUGUCUUUGAUAUCUGAAGAUGAAGACGACACAAGUUCAGAAGCCACCUCUUCAGGGAAAUCGGUGGACUACGGCUUCAUCAGUGCCAUCUUGUUCUUAGUCAUUGGCAUCUUGCUAGUGAUCAUUUCUUACAUUGUCCCCCGGGAGGUGGCUGUGGAUCCCAGCACGGUGGCAGCCCGGGAGAUGGAACGCCUGGAGAAAGAGAGUGCGAGGUUGGGGGCUCACCUGGACCGCUGUGUGAUUGCUGGGCUCUGCCUCCUCACUCUCGGAGGCGUUGUUCUGUCCUGUUUGCUGAUGAUGUCUGUGUGGAAGGGGGAGCUUUAUCGGCGAAGCAGAUUUGCUUCUUCCAAAGAGUCUGCAAAACUCUACGGUUCUUUCCACUUUAGGAUGAAAACCAGCACUCAUGAAAAUGCCCUGGAACUGUCCUUGGUAGAGGAAGAUGCUCUUGCUGUACGGAGUUAACUCUGACUGAACUUCUUGGGAGUCUGCCUUGGCAUUUUAUAUAAAAACUUUUUCUUAAAAUUAAUAAUGUGACUUAUUUCCCCAGCAAGAAAAGUUUAUUUCACAAACCAACAACCAGCCAGUGAGUGUUUUGUUCUCCGAGUAUCUUCUGUUUAGAAGAAAAGUCAUGUAAAAUGCAUAAGAAACCACAACCAGCCACACCUAGCUUUCUGAGAGUUGUAAACCAUUAAUCUGUAAUGGCCAUGAGCUUCUAUUUGUAUAGCAAAAUAAUUCUAAUGACCCAAUAUACAAGUGGUGUCUUUUGUAAAACUGUAGUAUUCUUCAGGUGUACGUGGAAGUUGUACAUAUAAUGGGAUCGAUUGGCAAUCUGUUUUGUGAAAAACAAGCACUAAUCACAUAGUAAACCAUACAUUUAAUUCUCAGAGGUGCUUAUCUGUUUUCUUGCUGGAUUUUUCGUGAUAUAAUUUGGCUAAAUACUAAAAUACAGAUGUUUGAGUGUGGAUAUUGUGAAGCUUGAGAAUGUUGGGUUAUUUUUAAACUAUAAAAAUGUUUAAAUUAAAUUAUUUAAAUUAAAUUAAUUAUUAAAUUUAACAUUUUAAUUUAAAUUAUUUAAUUAUUAAAUUAAAAAUUAACAUUAAAUAAUUUAAUUAUUAAAUUAAAAAAUUUAAAUUAUUCCUGUAUUUAGAAAUGGCAACUAUGUUAUUAGAGUAAAAUUUCUAAUAAAAACUUUAUGAAUCAUAAGACCAGUGUAAAAUAAACCUGCAGUAUUAGUACCACAUAUUUGCCAUUGUCCCAUGCGAAGUAAAAGUGGUUGCUGAUAUAAA